AUGGAAAGCUUCUACUGCAAGCUGUCCUUGCUCGUCAUUCUUAUGCCCUGUGUUCUCCUUGCUACUUCAAUCGUUGCCGAGGAGUUGACAACGACCGGCGAUGACGAUCUUCGCACGUUCAUCGUCCACGUACAGCCUCCGGAGAAGCACGUGUUCGCCAUACCAGACGACCGGACGGCGUGGUACAGGUCGUUCCUCCCGGAGGACGGCCGGCUUCUCCACGCCUACCACCACGUCGCCAGCGGCUUUGCCGCCCGGCUGACGCAGCGGGAGCUCGACGUGCUGUCCCGCACGCCAGGCUUCCUCGCGGCGCAGCCGAACGUGGCUUAUCAGCUGCUGACGACGCACACGCCUCGGUUCCUCGGGCUGGACGUGCCACAGGAGGGCGUGAGCGCCAUAAACCACAGUGCUUCAGGGUUUGGCGACGGCAUCAUCAUCGGCGUGAUCGACAGCGGUAUCUUUCCCUACCACCCGUCGUACAGCGGCGAUGGCAUGCCGCCACCGCCGGCAAAGUGGAAGGGGCGCUGCGACUUCAACGGCUCGGCGUGCAACAACAAGCUCAUAGGCGCGCGGUCUUUCGAGUCCGACCCCUCACCGCUCGACAACGACGGCCACGGCACGCACACGUCGAGCACCGCGGCGGGAGCGGUCGUGCAUGGAGCCCAGGUGCUCGGCCAGGGCCGCGGCACCGCUUCAGGGAUAGCGCCACGCGCUCACGUCGCCAUGUACAAGUCGUGCGGCGACGAGUGCACCAGUGCCGAGAUGCUCGCCGGCGUCGACGCGGCUGUGGGAGACGGCUGUGACGUUCUCUCCAUAUCUCUCGGCGAUACCUCGCCGGACACACCGUUCUACCAAGACAGCCUCGCGAUUGGCACGUAUGGCGCCGUCGAGAAGGGUGUCUUCGUCAGCAUCUCAGCUGGCAACAGCGGUCCAAAUGCCAGCACGCUGAUCAACGACGCGCCGUGGAUGCUCACCGUCGCGGCGAGCACCAUGGACCGUUUGAUCGGUUCCCAGGUGCGUCUCGGUAACGGCCUCUCGUUUGACGGGGAGUCGGUGAACCAGCAAGAAAUCUCGGCGGCCGUCUUCUACCCGCUGGUCUACGCGGGUGCCAGCUCGACAGCCGACGCCCAGUUCUGCGGCAACGGCUCGCUGGAUGGCUUCGACGUCAAGGGCAAGAUCGUGCUCUGUGACCGUGGCAACGGCGUCGCGAGGCUUGCCAAAGGUGCCGAGGUGAAACGAGCCCGAGGCAUCGGCAUGAUCUUGGCCAACGAGUUCCCCGACGGUUACAGCACACUCGCCGAUGCCCACGUCCUCCCGGCUUCGCAUGUCAGCUACGCCGCCGGAGAGGCCAUCAAGAAGUACAUCAACUCCACGGCGAAUCCGACGGCGCAGAUCUUCUUUCGGGGCACGGUUCUCGGCACGUCGCCGGCACCGGCCAUCACUUCCUUCUCCUCGCGCGGGCCGAGCCAGCGCAAUCCCGGCAUCUUGAAACCGGACAUCACGGGCCCCGGCGUGAGCGUACUCGCGGCGUGGCCGUUCCAGGUCGACCCUGCAUCCUCGUCGGCGAAUCCCAGACCGACCUUCAACUUCGAGUCCGGCACGUCCAUGUCGGCACCGCACCUUGCCGGCAUCGCGGCACUGAUCAAGAGCAAGCACCCGUCCUGGUCACCGGCGGCGAUCAAGUCAGCUAUUGUGACAACAGCUGACCCCAUCGACCGCUCCGGAAACCCGAUAGUGAACGAGCAACAUCUGCCGGCCGACUUCUUCGCGACGGGCGCCGGCCACGUCAAUCCAGUCAAGGCCGUUGACCCCGGCCUGGUCUACGACAUCGCCCCCGACGACUACGUGCGCUUUCUCUGCAGCGUCUACGCGAGCCGGGACGUGUCCGUCAUCGCGCGGCGCGCCGUGGACUGCUCGGCCAUCAGGGUGAUCCCAGACCACGCGCUGAACUACCCCUCCAUCUCGGUCGUGUUCCCACAGGCGUCGAACUCUACGGCCAGUCCGGUGGCGGUGGUGCACCGGACGGUGAGGAACGUCGGCGAGGCGCCGGCUGUGUACUACCCCUAUGUGGACCUGCCGUCGGGCAUGGUGCACGUCGAGCCGAGGUCGCUGCAGUUCACGGGGACGAACCAGGAGCAGAGCUUCACAGUGUCCGUGCUGCGAGGGCAGAGUGGUAACGCGAAGGUGGUUCAGGGCGCGCUCCGGUGGGUGUCCGACAAGCACACCGUGAGAAGCCCUAUCUCCAUCACAUUUGAAUGA